GCAUGGCCUAUUCCAAUACAAAAUGGUGACCUCACAAGCAUCAGAACUCUUCUCUCAGCUGACUGCAAAGUGGAAAACACUCUCCUCAGGAACCAGAGCUUUCUUUAAAGUCGGACUGCCGAUGAUCAUAAUGGUGGUUGGAGGGUCAUAUGGGCUGGAAAGAUUUUCUUCCCUACGGUACGAUGUACAGUUCAGGAAGAGAAGAAUUGACAAAGACAUAGAAGAAAAGUUUGGGUGGAAGAAAAAGGAAGAACCAGUCACUCUGGAGAAGCAGUAUGAGAAGGUUCAAGGGCAACUGGACGUGUCUGACUGGGAGAACAUCAGGGGACCACGCCCCUGGGAGGACUCCAAGGAGUUCCAGUUGAAGAUGGCCGAACAGAGACAGAGGAGAAAACAGCAGUCUGACACCACUGAUCAAUAACUCACAAGUCUAUUGUUUUAUAUUGUCUAUUCUGCACAAUUCAAUUGUCAGCAUUCUUUUGCCAGCAGCAUACCCUCUUUAUAAUCAAUUACUUAAUUACACCAUCAAUUACUUUGAAUGCAUUUAAUUUACUUUUUUCUUGGAUUUGCAGUGUUUCAAGUA